AGACGGGACGACUGUUGUCGCCGCUUCUACUACAUCGACUUCUUCUUCUUCUCCUCGUCCUUUCGUGGGAAAAAUCCGCGAGACUCAGCUAUGAAAGUGUUGUGCCUCCUUCUACUGGCCGCAUUUGCAGCGGCAAAGCCCGAACCAAGUUACAUCUUGUCACAAGGCCCAGGCUACGGCGGAGUUGGUCUAGGCUACGGCGGCCUCGGAUAUGGCAGAGUUGUCCCUGCUUACGGAUACGGCACUGGCCUCGGGUACGGGUACAGACCAGUCAUCAGCUACGGCUACCGACCGGUCAUCAGCUACGGCUACAGCCCAGCCGUGAGUUACGGAUACGCCCCGCGCCUAGGUUAUGGAUACGGCCUGAGCAGGGGAUACCCCCUUAGGUACGGCUACGGCUGGUAGAGCAGAAUUCUACCGGAUCCAGGGAACAAUUUCCCGUAGAUAUAUAAAUACUGUAAUCGCUAUUGCCUUUCUAUUUUGUUUUCUGUGCUCAGAUUACGUUAGAUAUCAAAACGAAUGUUCACCUAUUAAUUUUUUUCUUUUUCCUUUUCAAGUUUUCAAAUUUUUAAUCAAGUAAGAGAUCACUGCUUGCACGUUAAGGAUGUAGCAAUUAAAGGUAAUUUCUUCCC